AUGCCUUUGCUGGUCAUUUUCAGCGCUGUGCAUGAAGCACUGUCUUUAUUUUCCGACAAGAGGACACAGUUUUACGAAGAAGAACUCAAAGUGGCCCGCCUCAAGCAGAACAAACUUCAGGUAGAAAUCCAAGUAGCAGAACUGAGGAUAGAGGGAACACGAAUGCUGCCGGAGCUGCAUGGCCGCGAUACAACACAACCACCACCGCAGCGCCUCGCUCCCGACGUCCAUCCACUAGCGAAUCACCUAUUUUUGAUCAAAUGCAGAUGA